UUCUUUAAAACAAAACAAUCAAAAACCCUUAAAUAAACCCCUUUGAACAAACAUCGUCGCAGUUACUAAAACCCACCGCCGAUGGCUGCUGCUGCUACCUUCAUCCACCUUAUCGAAACUUAUGUCGAUUCAUCUUCCUCUAAAUCUCCAGCUCAGCAGGAUGCAAGUUUAGAUGCCAUAGCUAAGCUUCUUAUUACUGAUAUCGUUACUCUCGAAUCACUGGUUAUAGAGAUGGAGAUGUAUUUAACUACUACUGAUAACAUUAUUCGUGCUAGAGGCAUUCUUCUUCUAGCCGAGUUGUUGACUCGUUUAUCGUCAAAGCAUAUAGAGAAGAAGACAGUACAUAGUUUGAUUGGGUUUUUCUCAGAUAGAUUGUCUGAUUGGCGAGCGUUGCGUGGUGCACUUGUUGGAUGUUUGGCUUUAAUGAGGAGGAAAGGUGACAUCGGUGUAAUAAGUGGCAGUGAUGCAACUGCAGUUGCUCAGUCAUUUAUGCAAAAUCUACAAGUUCAAUCUUUAGGACAACAUGACAGGAAGCUUUGCUUCGAGAUUCUAGAAUGCCUUAUAGAUCAAUAUCCUGACACAAUAUUGGAUGUGGAGGAUGAGUUUGUUUAUGCAGUCUGUGAAGCUAUAGAUGGUGAAAAGGACCCACAGUGCUUAUUAAUCACCUUUCAUCUUGUUGAAAUGCUCACACAGCUGUGUACAGAAUCGUCAAGUUCACUAGCAAGCUAUGCUGAGGAUCUUUUUAGCAUUCUGGGAUCUUAUUUUCCCAUCCACUUUACACAUUCAAAAGGUGAGGAUGAUGUGAAGAGGGAGGAGCUUUCAAGAGCAUUAAUGCUGGCUUUUGCAUCUACACCACUCUUUUUACCGUUUUCCAUCCCAGUGCUUCUAGAGAAACUCUCUUCAUCUCUUCCAUCAGCAAAAAUUGAAGCUUUUAAGUAUCUUAGUUAUUCUGUAGUCAAGUAUGGUACACGUGGAAUACUAGAACAUCUUGAAGCUAUAUGGUCAUCGCUUAAAGAAGCAGUUUUUAGUUCUGUACCAUCUAACUUGACGGUGGGUCCAUUCGAGGAUAACAAAAUUGUAGAUGAAGCCCUCAUUCUUCUAGAGAAGCUUAUUCAGCAAGAUGACAGCUCGUUUCUAAAUCUUGUUCUGAAGGAUGUGGAUAUGAACAUGACUCUGAAAUCCCUUUCGAAUUAUACGAGUUAUGAUGAUAUUACAAUGACAGAAAAGCAAAGAUUAACUGCAGUUGGUCGGAUUCUAUAUGUCAUAACUGCAGCUUCCAUGGGUUCUUGUAAUGCAAUAUUUCAAGGUUUUUUCACGGAGUUAGUACAGGGUUUGCUAGCAACGACCCAAGAGAAAAAUCAUGUUUCUGGAAGACUCAAUUUUGGUUACCUUUAUAUAUGUGUUGAAUUACUUGCUGCCUGCAAAACUUUGGUCAAAACGACCUCGAUAGCUUAUCCUGAAAAUGAGACAUGGUGCAGCGUGCUUCAUGGUUUCUGUAGUUCAUUAACUUCUACAUUUGUAAAAAGCAUGAAAAAAAACACUCAGGAUGUCUACAGUCAAUUGGGGGUUAGGGGUUUACAGAUUUUGGCUUCAUUUCCUGGAAUUUUCUUUGCUGUAUCAAAAUCAACAUUUGAGAAUAUUUUGGGAGAAUUUGUAGUUAUGAUCCUUGAAUUCAACAAUACAUCUCGUUGGAGAUAUAUAUUGAAGGCACUAAUUGAAGUUGGCUCAUAUAUUGAAGAAUCUGAUGAUUCUGAGAAAAGGCAAAGCUUUGACGUUAUUGUUGUAGAGUGGAUGAUGGGUUUGUUGUCCUCUGAAGACUUGACAAUGCCUUUGUCACUAAAAGUUGAAGCAGUAGCUGAGAUCAACAUGGUCAGUUUGAAAUACAUGCUGAGAUUCGUCCACAAACUGGACAAUGCUAUCUCUACCAGUUUGCACAAAUAUUGGCUUGAUGGAAACUCAAAGUCAAAUGAAUGUGCGAUGCUCCUGUUGGAAUGCUAUUCUGACAAGGUGCUUCCAUGGUUUCAGAAUAUCAAAGAUUCUGACUAUGUGCCUCUGCAUUUUGCAUUGAAUAUUUGGGAUGAAAUUCACGGUUGCUCAGUUUUCUGUGACAGCCUCAUGGAACAGAAACUUCUAGAUUCAACAAUGAAUGCAAUGAAGCUUGCUGUGGCAUGUUGUUCAGAGGAUGAUCAAAGCAUGAUUCUUGAUAAAGCCUUCAGCAUACUUUCUUCAAGCACAAGUUUCCACCUGAAUGAAUCUGCUGUGUUUUCUUGUAGAGAAGAUUGGAUAAUCUCAUUAUUUGAUUCAGUAAUAAUAGCCCUUCGUCCUCGACGACAGUUUAAUAACGAUGAAGAAAUUUUGAAGAUACUCAUGAGAUCCCUCUCCAAUGGUCAUGUUUCAUCAGCUCAUGCAUUAGGGUCUGUGUUCAACAAGAUGCCCUUGGAAGAAGCAGUGGAUAUCACAUUUAACAGCUUCAUAACUAGGUUGUACAACGGUGACAGUUUAAUAGCAAGCAACAUAAAUGUAAAUGUCAUUGUUGGAUUAGCAUGGAUAGGAAAAGGAUUAAUUAUGAGGGGACAUGAAAAGGUAAAAGAUGUGAUCAAGUUUUUUCUGAAUUGUUUGAUUUCAAAUAGUGGUUUUCCAACCUCGAAUGGAAGCACAGAUUCGUCUGAAAUGACGCUCAUGAUGAGAGCUGCUGCAGACUCAUUUAGUAUAAUAAUGAGUGAUUCCGAGGCUUGUUUAAAUAGAAGAUUGCAUGCUACCACUAGACCACUAUAUAAGCAGAGGCUUUUCAAUAUGGUGAUACCGAUCUUGCAAUCAUCACUAGUCAAAUCAGAUUCGCCAACAACUUGCAGAUCCAUGGUGCACCGGGCCCUUGCACAUGUCAUAUCCAAUACUCCACUGAGUGCUGUUAUGGGUGAUGCCAAGAAGCUCGUCCCUUUGGUAGUUGAUGGUUUGACGAUCUUAAGUGAAGAUGUUCAAAAUCAAGACAUUGUAUAUAACCUCCUCCUUGCUUUCUCAGGAAUGUUGACUGAUGAAAAUGGUCGGGAUGCUAUAGUAGAAAAUGCAUAUGUCAUCAUAAGGUGCCUCAAUAGGCUUGCUUUCUACUCACACAUGAUGCUGGUACGUGAGACGGCAAUUCAGUGUCUAACUGCCAUGUCUGAGCUGCCCUAUGCUAGGAUAUAUCCUUUCAGGCUAGAGGUGCUACAAGUGUUAUCAAGGGCUCUUGAUGACCCGAAGAGAAGUGUCAGGCAAGAGGCUGUAAAAUGUCGGCAGGCAUGGGCCUCAAUCUCAUCUAGAAGUCUUCGUAUAUAAAUUUUUGUUAGAAGAGAUAUUUUCGGCCCCCUCAGUGCAAUAUUGUGUCCAAUCAUUCAGCUUCAUUGGCUGGACUAAUAUAAUGCUACUGCAGCGUACAUAAUCCAUGCAUCUAACUCCAAAAUUUGGAUGGUAUCUGUGACCCACUUGAGUGUAUCAAUCUCUUGUUUAUGUAGUUUGACUAUCAAUUUUUUAUAUUUUUUUUAUAGGAUUAGUGUCACAAUUCCGUUGUUUUACUUUGAGACAUAUACGCUGUGGUUUCGAAAUCAUAAAUUCAUUUGGAGCAGUGUUUUUCCUUUCAA